AUGGCACCAAAGCAGAUUGUCGUCGGUGGCGGAUAUGAGCAGAAUGAGCUCUCUCCAGAGAUGCUUCAGUUGAUUGCUCAAGUGGAGGGCAUGACCUUAGACGAAGUGAAUGCAUUGGACACUGAGUUUCAGGUAGAACUUCAAGCUGUCCAGAUGAGGACGUCUUUCUUGAAUGAACGUCGUGCCCAGAAUGCUCAGCAACAGGCACAGGCACACGCCAAAGCAAAGGCGGUGGCGAAGGCACAGGCGAAAGCGGACGCGUUGGCAAUCAAGAAGACUGGUUCUACCACAGUGGUCAUCUGCUCUAUUCCCUCCAUGAGUGUCUAUUCCAUCAACCUUGAGAAAGCCAAGACGGUGGGGAGGAUGAAGAGCAAGUUUGUCCGCAGGAGCGCUCUCUAUCCCACCUAUGGUAAGAAGGGUGGAAUGAAGAAGGAUGACCUUCUCAUUGUGGAUGACGCCGGCACGGUGCUCCCACCACGUGCCUUCAUCUACAACACCUCGGCGUUGCUCGGUGCCAAUCCCAGAGUUGUCGCAGUGGAGCGUGCCAACUUUGACCCUGAGACCUUCCAGUUCCCUGACUUUGACCGUCGCACGGACGUCCCCAUCGAUGAGGAGGACGAUGAGGUGGAUGAUGAGGAGAGCGACGAUGAGGACUGA